AUGCACCGGGAGCUCAUUCGGUGCAACCCUUCUUGGCGCGGCAACCCGCGUUACGAUACAGUCCUCAUUGGUGUUGACGCGGAUGAGCCCGGCAUGAAUGGGAUGGCUGUCAGUCGGGUCAUGGGGCUGAUGGCGGUCACAUACAGUGGUAUACGCUAUCCGUGCGCACUGAUUGAUUGGUUCGACGUCUUAGAGGAUCCAAGCGAUGUGAUUGGCAUGUACGUUGUUCAGCCCGAGCUCGAUGAUGAUGAACAGCAGGUAUUGUCUAUUGUACAUUUAGAUAGUCUAUUUCGUGCUGUUCACCUGAUGCCACUGUAUGGAGAUGCUUCGAUACCAGUCGACUUUCAUUUCUUGUAUAGCCUAGAUGCAUUUGAAUCAUUCUAUGUAAAUAAGUACAGUGACUACCAUUCACACGAAACUAUAUUUUAG